GGGGCGGCGGAGCGGCGGCGGCGGCGGCGGCGGUGGCUGUGGCGCCGGCACCGGCCCUGAGCGCCAUGCUGCGCGGCAGCCCGGAGCGGGAGCUGGCGGCCAGCUGGGAGGCGGACGCGGCGGCGGCGGCGGCGGCCAAGUCGCAGGCCGCCGAGGCGGAGGAGCAGCUGGGCGUGGACGCGGGCGCGGCCGGGGAGCCCGAGCGCCCGGCGCGGGAGGAGCAGCCCAAGGCCGCGGGCCCGGCUCCGGUCCCGGCGCGACCCCGCGCGGCCGAGGAAGGCGAUGCCCGCCCCGCCCGGCGGCCGCCGCCCGCGCCGCCCCUGAUCCCCCCGAGGCCGGCGCGGACCCUGUGCCACCUCGUGAAGGCCCGGAGUCGCGGCCGCGGCUACCGGCGCGGCUCGGGCUCGCUGCGGCCGGUCACCGUGGACAGCUCCAAGGCCCGCACGUCCCUGGACGCGCUGAAGAUCAGCCUUCGGCAGCUCAGGUGGAAGGAGUUCCCAUUUGGCCGGCGCCUGCCUUGUGACAUCUACUGGCAUGGAGUUUCAUUUCACGACAAUGACAUACUCUCCGGUCAAGUGAACAAGUUUCCAGGAAUGACGGAGAUGGUGCGGAAAAUCACUCUGAGCAGAGCGCUGAGGAUCAUGCAGAACCUGUUUCCCGAGGAGUACAACUUCUACCCUCGCUCGUGGAUUCUGCCUGACGAGUUCCAGCUCUUCGUCGCUCAGGUCCGGAUGGUGAAAGAUGGUGAUCGGUCCUGGAAGCCCACUUUUAUUGUGAAACCAGAUGGUGGUUGUCAGGGCGAUGGAAUCUACCUCAUUAAAGAUCCCAGUGACGUCCGCCUGACUGGGACCCUCCAGAGCAGGCCGGCAGUGGUCCAGGAGUACAUCUGUAAGCCUCUCCUUAUCGACAAACUCAAGUUCGACAUCCGCCUGUAUGUCCUGCUCAAGUCCUUGGACCCGUUGGAGAUUUAUAUAGCCAAAGAUGGACUGUCUAGAUUUUGUACAGAGCCAUAUCAAGAGCCAAACUCCCAGAAUCUGCACCAUGUCUUCAUGCACCUGACCAACUACUCACUGAACAUCCACAGUGGCAAGUUCAUCCACUCUGACAGUGCCAGCACAGGCAGCAAGAGGACGUUCUCUAGCAUUCUUUGUAAACUCUCUUCCAAAGGUGUGGACAUCAAGAAGGUCUGGUCUGAUAUCAUCUCCUUGGUGAUCAAGACUGUCAUCGCCCUGACCCCGGAACUCAAAGUUUUCUACCAGUCAGACAUCCCUACAGGGAGGCCGGGGCCCACCUGCUUCCAGAUUCUAGGCUUUGACAUUCUUCUGAUGAAAAACCUGAAGCCCAUGCUACUAGAAGUGAAUGCAAACCCCAGCAUGAGAAUUGAGCAUGAGUACGAACUCUCUCCAGGGGUGUUUGAAAAUAUCCCAAGCCUGGUGGAUGAAGAGGUGAAGGUGGCCGUGAUCAGAGACACACUGCGCCUCAUGGACCCUCUGAAGAAGAAAAAGGAGAAGCACUUUCCAGAUAUCUGUAUGGACAGAAAACACAGAGUCCCUCCAGUUUCUGACAGAAUGUCUUCAUCGAAGCUUAAGGGCUCCUCGCUUUCCGUAGCCAGGUCUCAGCAUCCUGAGAACCCUUUCCCCGGGAAGGAAGAUCCGGGCUGUGAGCUGACCGGUGAUCCCGACUCCAACCCUGAAGCCCACCUGCCCUCCAUUUGCCUCAAGCAGGUGUUCCCCAAGUAUGCCAAGCAGUUCAACUACCUGCGCCUGGUAGACAGGAUGGCCAAUUUGUUUAUCCGAUUCCUGGGAAUCAAGGGGACAAUGAAGUUGGGACCAACUGGCUUUCGGACCUUCAUAAGGAACUGUAAGCUGAGUAGCAGCAGCCUGUCCAUGGCCGCAGUGGAUAUCCUCUACAUCGACAUCACAAGGAGAUGGAACUCCGUGACCCUGGACCAGCGGGACUCAGGGAUGUGUCUGCAGGCAUUUGUUGAAGCUUUCUUCUUCCUGGCCCAGAGGAAGUUCAAGAUGUUGCCUCUGCAUGAGCAGGUGGCCUCCUUGAUCGACCUGUGUGAAUACCACCUAUCCCUGCUGGAUGAAAAGCGCUUGGUGUGUGGCCGGAGUCGUCGCCCCCAAAGUAGUCCUCCCCAGGAGGUCAACCCCACAACCCAGCCAGCUGCAGGCAGCCCUGCACCCCGCAUGAUCGGUGCUAACAAGCUGUCGCACUCUAGACACGCUCUGUCCUGAAGACCACCCUGCCCUCCUGGAAGACGGUGCCCUCUUAGGGGCUGAGAACCCUGGGCUCCCCCGAGCUGUGGGAGCCUCUAGGGCUCUCUAGCUGCAGUGGCCGGGAUCCUCUGUGUUCAGCACUCUCGACUCACACGGCCAGUUCUUGCCCGCCCUUCUCCCAGCACCUUACGGUGGGUGAACCACCCUGCUGUGAGCCAUCAGGGGACAUCUGACAUUCGAGAUGUGACAGAUGGCACCUACUGUUGUGGGUUCCUGCGGAGCACCACCCGGAGAAGUUCUGCUGUGCUUGGGGCUGAAGGGGAGUGGAGGGUGGAGGAAAGGACAGACCAUCUCAAAGCAAGGAACUGUGGGUCCGAGGUCAAACCUAGGGUCUGCUGGGGCCUCUGAGAGCCUGCUGGUCAGAGCUCAGUAUCACAGCAUCUCUUUCCUUCGACCCAUUUUCUGAAAGAAGUAGAAAUAUCAAGAUGGUGGACACCCCAAUCAUGUGUUACAUGGGUGUACUUAACAGAUUAACCUCACUUAUUUCAUUAACUUGCCUGUUGCUUCAAUGUUUGAUUUAUCACUAAUUAAGAGAUAACAGGUUUCUCAGUCUCCUCGUCCAGGCUCCAGGGCCCCUGCAAAGGUGGGGCACUGACCCCAUGGCCAAGAGCCACUGGGUACCCAGCCAGCACUGUGCUGUCAGCCCUGAGUGAGGAGAGGGGUUCAGAGGGAAGGAUGUGUGUGGAGCGCAUGGGGCUCUGUAGUGAUGGAUAGGGGAGCUCAUUACGGACAAGCUGGCCCCCACCCCAAGACUGUUGGAUAGAAUUUUGGGGCCACUCUGCUGUGAGAGUGAACACUAGGAGACUUCUGCCCCACUCCCAUUUCCCAGAGGCACCUCUGUCUGUACUCACUUUGGUGAGCAGCCCCUUGCUUUUUGGAAUGAAAGCAGUGCAGACGCUCCUCCCUCCUGCAAGCCAGGCAGCCAGAGAGCCCAGGCAGGUCCGGGACCUCUGCUGAGGGCUGCAUGCUCUGUGACCGGCUGUGGCCUAAGUCCCUUCUGUAGAGGCCCCUUGAGAACCAUCCCAGCCUGCAGACAGGGCUCAGUUUGGAGGCUGGGCCGUGACCAGCGUAGGCAGGAGCCACAAGGACACAGGAUUCCACAGGAUUCCAUGGCGCUGUUUAAAUGCUGGUCCUACCAGAUGCCCAUCCUGUCCCCACCCCUGGCUUCAGGGCCUCCUGAAGCCUCGUGCUUCCCCACACAACCCUCCUGGCAGCAGGGGUGGGGGCUGUGUGUUUCCCCUUCUAUUCCCCAGAGAACUCUGUCUUCUUCAGACUUCAGCAGGUCUCUCCCAGUUAGAGCCACACCUCUGCCCCCACACCCCUUGGUUCCUCCCUCCCUCCCUAACUUCCUGGAGGGAGCAAGAACACCAAAGGACCCUCAAAUCCCUGCUGAAAGGGCCCCCAGUCAAGGACCUUUUGAUUACCCCCCUUCCUUCCCCAGGAGCCACAAGGUACCCCAGCGCUGGCCUUGACCUCUAGCUUCCGAGAACUCUUAGACUCUGUUGUCAGGAAACAGUGAGUCCUUUCUUCACUGGCGGGGAGACCCUGGCAGGCCACUACUUCCGACUUCCCACCCCGCCCUUGACACUACCUCCACCAGGUCCAGUCAGAUCCCUCUGGUCAACAGAAACAACUCCCUCCGCGGGCGGUUCAGUUCUAGAGCCCCGCUGCCUCCCAUUCCCUCGGCCUCCCAGAACGAAGAUCUCCGCAUGUCUGUCCAGGAGUGCAGAAAGCCCUUUGUCAUGCUUACGCUUACCUGGGGGAAGCCAGCUGUGACUUCAAGGCCAGAGGCGCUUGUUGAAGUGACAGGAAGCUGGGCAGUUCUAGGUGAGGAGACAUGCGCCCUCUCUCCAUAUGCUGGGGACACCCUCACAAAUCUCAGCUUUCUAAGCUGCGCUGAGCUGACUGGCUGAACAUCCUCGAUUCUCAAUUGGCUGAUCCCUUCCCCAAGCAUGGUAGCUGUCCCAUGAGCCUAUGAAGACGCAAGGCUUUGCAGGUCCUUCAGUCUCUCCACAGCCAGUUUCCACCCUGUCACCCCCUCUAAUGCCACCCACAUUUUCAGAGAAGGUAGUCUGCCAUGAGUUUAACUAGUUAGAGUGGGGCUGGAGGGGCAUUUGGCAAACAUCCCAUGCCUUUCGAGAUUAUUCCAGAGACCCCUUUUCUUGUGUGAAUGAACGUAUUCUCGUUGCUUCAUGGUUCAAAGGUUUCUUUUAAGUGUGUCUUCUUAUGUACCCAGAGAAAGACAAGGGCCAUCCCAGUCCUUCUGACACCCAUCCAAAGUCCAGCUGAGCAGACAUGGCAGCCUGUGUCACAGGGAAGCUUCCUCUGUUCUGUCAGAGCACACCUGGGAAUUCUAGGGACUUGGGGCCUUCCGACUUACUCUUCUAUUUGGACCCCCAAGGAAGACCCUGAGGCCCACGGAGACUGUAAGGACUCCGGGUCCUCAAACACCCAAAUGUGGGUGAUAUCCUCUCUCAGUAUCUUGGGGAUGUUGAGUGAGAUGAUGAAAAGUGUAGCAAAGGCAGACGUAUUUCUACAAACUGAAGUGCCUGAGGGACGUUUGCUUGCCUUCAGACUGGCUUCUGGACCCCAGCAAGUGAAAGUUUCAUGGAGAUGAAGCCAAGUGACCCCCCCUCCACACCUAACUGCCUUUCAUCUGCACACAUCUGAAGACAUUUACAGGCUGGAAAACAGCCCCUGCCAGGCCUCAGAUGUCUGCCGUUGGCCUUGUGAUUGACACAGCACUGCUCCAAAAUGGUUCAAAUCCCGCCCCCCACACACACCUUUGUUCCUUGAUUAAUGCUGUUUAUUCCUCAGCUCUGUAAGUGAGGACUGGGCUGGCUCUGGGGGCCUUCUCUGGAUGCUCAGGACUCAAUGAACACUCCUCUCGAAGCUGUGUUCCCAGAAGUGGAGAGCUGUCCGCACUCAAUGAGGGAAACUCACCAGUGAGCAAUGGCGCCUGAGACCUACCCAGCCUCCAUUGAUAAUUUUGCCACUCUCCCGUUUCAUUUGAUGAAUGUGAGUGAAAUUUUCCACACACUAUUCCUCACAAAAUAAUGCACUUUUUUUCUUGUUCUUGGACAAAGAAACUCUGCAAAACGCUUUUCAGUCGCCUCCUCUCUUGACCAAGUCUUGCUUUCACUUUAACUGGAAAAAACAUACUGCCUCUGUUUACAGUUACACACAAGUACACAUACAUGCACACAUACAUGCAUACUUACACACUCUGUACACACACACAGAGGAACAUGUACCCACAUUCACACACACUGAACUUCAACAGAAAAUGAUAAAGUCACGAAUGUUUUCCUCAUUUCUGGCAUUUUGCUUUUGAGUCUGAUUUGGAAAUCAGGCUCUUUGUGGCCUCUGUGUUGCAGACCUGAAACAUUUCCUUCCACAGGAAGGGGAAGCAUUUGCACAGACUCUGGCCAGGGCUGUGGUCUGGGCCAUGAGGACUCCCCCAGGCCUCAGUCGGGCUGCAGAGGUAGUUCCCUGCUUUCCCGUCAGAACGGAGAUGCCAAAGGAGGCCCUGUCCCCUCUGGAAGGACCGGAGGCUUUGGAAUUCUGAUGUGAGUGUCAACUUGCUUGGUCUGUUGCACUGCUGUUAAGUGGCCGUGGAUGGGUGACUUUCCCUCCCUGACACCUGUCCCUCUUCUGUGCAGAAGAGAUCAUGUCAGAAUAGACCCAGAGAGCCUGGCAGGAGACUUGGCACCUGGAAGUGUCUUCACAAAUGUCUGUUGAGAAAAGGUAUGGUCUCGGCAUGCUGAGAGCAAGGGAUGCCAGGGAGCUCUGCUGCCGAGCCACUGAGACCUCAGCUCCACCUCCCCCGACACUCCCGCCUCUUAAAAGCCUUUCACAAUUGUUUAUUAAAUUUUCAUGGUGCAUGUAGUCCAGGCUCUGCUACUGCCUCAGUUGUCUUGGUAACUUUGUAAAAUGCAAUAAUAAACGGAAACUGAGUGUCGCUAA